AUGGUCAACUUAAAGAAUUUAAUCUUAGCAAAAGAGGAGGUGGGCAGACUCGCGACGGUCUCGUCAAAUUCAUCACAAUUUUCAAACAACCCCUUGAACCCAACCAAGGAUAACGAUGUCAGUAUCUCACAAAAAGAGAUCCCUUCACAAUACAUUGACAUUUCUAGUUCCCCUUUGACUGCAGAAGAAAUCAGACAAAGAAACAACUCGUUAAGUUUUAAGAUCAAGAAGUUGCUUUGGGAUGGAACUGGGAAACACCCCAAGGAGCAAAAGUAUUUAAUCAAGUUGGACUUCUUCUUGUUAACUUCAUCAUGUUUGGGUUACUUUAUCAAGAAUUUAAACCAGUCCAAUGUAACCACAGCAUAUGUGAACGGGAUGGAAGAAUACUACAGCAUGAACAAUAACCAGUACAACUACAUGGUUACUUUAUUCACAGUUGGGUACAUCAUUGGCCAAAUUCCAUCCAAUAUGAUUUUACAUAGGAUAUCUGCCAGGUUUUAUCUCGGUGGGUUAGAGAUACUUUGGCUGAUCUUGACCUUGUUGAUGAUUACGGUCCCGCCAGCCAACAUCAAAGGAAUGUAUGCGUUGCGUUUUUUCAUUGGGUUUUUAGAAUCGGGCUAUUUCCCUGCUUUGGAGUACUUGUUGGGAUCUAACUACGGUACACCAGAGUUACUGAAACGGUCGUCCUACUUUGCAAUUAGUUCAGGACUUGCAGGAAUAAUCAGUCCGCUUUUACAGGAAGCUAUUAUUAAGAGAUUUAAACACUCAAGUUUACCGCCUUUUAAGUGGAUGUUUGUAUUUGAUGCAAUAAUCAGUUUCCCUAUUGGCUUAUACACUAUGCUUGUUGAUCCAAACACGCCACUGACAACAGACGCAUUUUACUUUACUGAUGAGGACAAGUUGGUUGGAUUGGAAAGAAGACGGUUAAUAGGAGCUCAACUCAACACGAGGCAGCCUUUCACUUGGCAAAAGAUCAAGUCAUUCUUCAACACCUGGCACAUCUACGUAUUUCCCUUGCUAUUCUUGUGCUACAAUAAUAGCUGUGCUGCAAAUAGCCAACCGACUUUUCAGUCCUUUAUGAAAAACUACUUGAACAAGCCUUCAAGUGUGUAUAACACGUGGCCAUCGAUCCUAAGUGCAAUUGCCAUAGUUGUAACAAUAUGCUUUGCUUAUGUGAAUGACAUUUUAGGUGGAAGGAAGAAUGUGUGGUUUGUCAAUGCCUAUUUCGUUUGCUUGGUUAUAGGAUGUGCGUUACUUGCAUCCUGGAGCAUUCCAAUAGGAUUACACUGGUUUUCAUACUUCUUGGUUGGUGUGCCCACAAUGUGGGGUCAGCCAUUUAUCUUCUCCUGGGUCAAUCGGUUACUAUUUGCCGACGAUUUGAAGAGAAAUUUUGUUGUUGUUGUUACAAAUACGUUGGCGUAUGUGACUGGUGCUUGGGUUCCUAUCCUUGUUUGGAACACCAAUGACAAGCCUGAAUAUUUUAUUGGAUUUACAUACACAGCAACUUUGGCUUCCGUUGGGCUAAUCUUGACACUAGUAGUGCACAUUUUGAGUAUCAGAGAUGAGAAAAGAGCAGCAAGAGAGAAAGAUGUUGAGGAGAGUAGCACUUCAAUCGAGCUAGACUCUGAUUGA